AACCAUAAACAGUCCGUCAACUUCCAACGCAAUGAGGAGGCGAGAGUUGUCUGAACAAUACGCUUGAGAAUGAUUAAUCCACUCCUGAGCUAAGACAUGGACGAGGAAACUACUCCUGUGCGACAGCAACAUAAAUUCAAUGUUGACAGACUCCAAAGAUAUCUGUCCUCUAAGUCACUGGUGUCGAAAACUGACGCGCUGACUGUCAAACAGUACAGGUAAGAUAGUUAAAGCUGGUUAGUUAAUUUUGCAGAAAUCACAAAGGUCGUUUGUUUUUUUUAACUAUUGUGCAAGCUAUGUCUAUUUAACUGAUGACAUGAUAACAAUUCAUUGGCGUCUGUGUUUUCAGUUGUGGCCAGUCAAACCCGACUUUUUUAAUCCAGACCCCCUCAGAUAGUUAUGUGCUCAGGAAGAAACCCCCAGGUGAACUGCUGCCUGGGGCACACAAGGUGAGAUACGACAGGGCUGUUGUGGGUCUCCAUGUCUAUUCUCCAGCAGGGGGAGGAUUUGGUUUGCAUGACAGAGUUACUGUAUUUUUAUAUUUGUCCAAGACGUGAGAAACUAACAUUCAGUUAUUGUUUGUGCAUGUAACUUAUUUAUCUGAAUUUAGCAGAAAUGCAUGCUCACCUUUUGUUUUUUUUUAACAUACAAAACACAAGUGGAAAAUACAUUUCUCCUGUAAUAUAUUCACUAGUUCCCUGUUGUACAGAUUCCAUAAAAACAAAAUAAUAAACUAAACUUUCUGGGGACUUAAUUGUUGAGAUUUGUUCAAUAUAGGCUAGAUGCUCCAAUAUUAAUUAUUACAGAAAUCUAACUCUGAACAUGAAAAAAACCCUAUAGUUGUCUUUUCCCAAAUUUUACAUGUUUGUAUGUUCAGCAGACCCUCUGGAAUUCACUCCCCUAAACCCAUUCGAGACUGACCACCUUAAUUUCAAAUCACUACUAAAAAAACACUUUUUUAAAUUGGAUUUUAACCUGUGAACUGCUCUUUCACUGUCAUUUUAUAAUGUGUCUUUUUUAACCUUUUACAUUGUUGGCUUUAUUUCUCAAAAAUAUCUGUAUUUUAAAUUGUGUUUCUUAUUUUAUCUUCUUUUUCUUUGUAAGGCGUCUUUGAGCACUUGUAAAAGCGCAUUAUAGAUAAAAUUUAUUAUUAUUAUCAGACCUGCACAGUUAUCUAUCAGGUUGAGCACCUUUAUUGAAACAAUAGCAUGAACUGCAGAAGCUUUCUCUGCUAUCUGGGUAUCUGUGCAGAAAAGAUGAACAGCUUUGGGAUACCACUUUUGUGCUUUCAGUAUUAGCUUUAAUAAAAACUUAAAAAAAAAAGGCCGAUCCUUGUGACUUUGUUUUGAAGGUGGACAGGGAGUUUCGGGUGCAGAAGGCCCUGUUGUCUGCUGGCUUCCCUGUUCCUCAGCCUCUCUUGCUCUGCACUGAUGCUGAAGUCAUUGGAACAGAUUUCUACGUGAUGCAGCAUAUCAAGGUAGGUCUGUACUAUCCACAUAGUAACAUUUAUUGCACUCCUGUUUGACCUUCACUCUAUAUUGGAAUUAUGACAGAUGGAGUUUGAACUCUUGUGUGUCUGCUUGCUUGUGCACAGUCUUCCUUUUGUUGUUACAAUCAAGCAGUGGUCACCCACUGUGACUCCUCUCCAGUUGAAAACAGACACAAGGCGUUCCCUUGGUGACAGGCAUUUAUUUCCACUCCUUGGGUUUGAGCAUGCCAUGAGAACUAAAAACAAUAUAAAAAACAUAAUCUGAGUUUGGUAAAACUCCAAUAAAAAAUAGCACUCUUCAGCAACAAAUGAAUCUCAUGCAAUUUAAUGUAUAAGAAAAACCUUACUGAAUAACUCAAAAUGACAUAAACAGAACAGAAAUCGGCUACUUGAAGUCACUUAACUCAAUAAACAAGCUCCACAAACCUCGUUGGCGGCUUCAACUGAAAAGGGAGAAAAAACGAUCUUAAGUCGUUGUAUCGUCUUCUUAACAGUGCUUCACCCUCCAUCUUUAAUUAAUGUAUCAUGUUAACUGCUGUUCUCUUCCAAGCAGGUGCUCUAUUUAGUCAAACCCUUGGUGUGUCACAUCAAAAACAACCUGACCCUCCUUAGCUCCGCACAUCAAUUCUGCUUGACUUGUCAAAUGUCCAUGUGAAUAAAGUAAUAUUUAUCUAUUUAAACAACACAAGAUUUUAAGCCAUUUUAACUUAACUUAUUUUAACUUAUUUACUUAUUUAUUUUAACUUAUUUGUUAAACAAAAACAAAACUCAUAAAAUUGACCAGAAUUUCUCUGAUGGCAGCUAAAUCCAUGACAGGUGUAAAGAUACAUAUUGUGAUAAGCUGCUUGCUUUUCUGUGCAGGGGCGUUUGUUCAGGGAUCUGCGUCUCCCUGGAUUGCCUGUAGCAGAGAGAACCGCUCUGUAUGUGGCUGCAGUGGAAGUGCUGGCAAAGCUGCAUUCUCUGAACCUGGCAUCGCUGAACCUUGAAAGUUAUGGAAAAGGACCAGGCUACUGCAAGAGACAAGUGAGGAAACCCAACCAAAGCCAUUUAUAUAAAACUUCUCAUCGUUAGAGGCAUGACAUUCAGAAGUGUUUCAUCUGUUUCUGUCUUUAGGUGUCCACCUGGACAAAGCAGUACACUGCAGCUGCUCACAGAGACAUUCCAGCCAUGAACGAGCUGUCUGACUGGUUAAGGAAUAAUUUACCGGCUGAUGAUAAUGUGGUCACACUUGUCCAUGGAGACUUUCGAUUGGACAAUAUGAUAUUCCAUCCAACAGAGGUACAAUUUCAACAACAAUUAUUCUCACAGCUCUUAUUCAUUUGGCUGUAAGGGUUUAUGAAGUGUGUUUGAUAUUAUCAGGCUCGUGUGCUGGGAGUGUUGGACUGGGAGCUGUCAACUACUGGGCAGCCCUUGGCUGAUUUGGCCUACUUUCUGAUGCCUAAAUACUGGCCUCAAGGAUUUAACGUCAUCAACACCAUGGGCAGUUUAAAAGGAAUAGAAGGUAAGGAUAGGUAUGGGAUAAUGUAAAGUGAGCAGGCUGUAAUAGAUUUAAGCCUUUAUAGGGGGAGCAGGACCCUGUCUUGGUUCAUCCUGAAGGUUUAGAAAAGCUUUCUUUGUAUGAAUCUGUGCCCCACUCUGUUGAAAUUUUCUGCUGUGUGACUAUCAGAGUAAACAUCACCAUACUGUGUGGAUUUUCGGCACCAUCUUUAUUUUAGUAGAUUUCUCUGUCAUAGCCUUGUGUCUCCAACCUUUCCUGCCGUUUCUUCACCAUUCAUGUUCUCAUUCUUUUUUGCUACCAUAAACAAUUUGACAUCAAUUUACCGGACUUCUUUUAGCAAUAAAUAAGCUGGAGUGAGUGAUUAGACAUGAAUUUAAAGAGCUUUAUGAUAAUGGACAGAUAUUUCUUGACAGGAGACUGUUACUCUGAAAUACCUUUUCUAAUAAACAAUAAACAUCAACACAGCUUGAAAUAAAAACAAGUGGACAGUAAGCUUCAAAUAAAAGAUGUUGUGUUUUUUACAUGUUUUCUAUGUGUCACACUUAUCUCAUAAUGUAGGUAUCCCUUCCGUGGAUGACCUAAUCUCCAUCUACUGCCGGUGCCGAGGGAUCCCAUCAGCUCUGCCAGAGUUAAAUUUCUACCUGGCCUUGUCUGUCUUUAAAAUGGCAGGAAUUGCACAGGUUUGUCCGCAUUUACAUACAGAAUUCAACAGCAAUUUUAUCCUUGUCAGCCGAACAUACCACCCCGUGUGGAUACUUCAAAUAUACAAUUGUUCAUGUGCAUUGUCCUAGAUACAAAAGAUGUGUGAAAUUUUAAACUAAUUUCUAUUUUUAAGGGGAUCUAUGCACGCCACCUUCUGGGUAAUGCCAGCGCCCCCAACGCAGACCAGUUCAGCCACUGUGUGGAGCCAAUGGCUAAGUUUGCUUUGCAGCUUGUUCAGAGGUUGGUUUCACUUGUUACCACAGUCAGUAGUUUGUGGCUCAUGUUAUGUAAUAAAAUGUCUGUGGGUGUUUUUAAAUUUUUUUUAACAAUGCAGUGACUCAACUGUUCCUAUUUAAAGUUGCUUUUAUAUGUGUUGGCCUAUGUUGUGAGUCUCCAUCUGUCUCAUCUUUUCUUCUGUUUUGAUUUAACCAGUAAGUUGUCACGGAGUCCCACUUAGGAGAAUGAGAGUCACACAAUUAUUUAUUUUUGUAUUAAAACAUAAAAAGAGUUUGACAUACUGGAAGGAAAAAGAAAAAGGGAUUUGUUUUCCCAAAGUAAAUCAUGUUGUUUCAUUGUUAUGGAGUUGUUUCAACAAAUUAAUUCCCCCCACUGCCUAAACUCAGACCAGAACCAGUCGGAAUUUAGUGUCCUGCUGCUACUUCCGAUACUGUCCAUUAGCUUCUCAAAAUGUGACUUCUGUUCUUCUUGCCAGGUCCGCCACAGGUCCCACAGAAAACGGUCUGUUCCUGCAGACGGCUAAAGGCCAGGCUAUUCUUCAGCAGGUCAAAGACUUCAUGAGACAUUACGUGCUUCCUGCUCAGCAGGUCAGUGCCAAGGGCUGCCGGCGACACAAGGAGGGAAUUUUUGGCUUGGAUGGACUUUUAGUUUGCACAUGAAAGGAUUUGACAAUGUGCGUCACUUUAUUCAUUCAGACCAAACACAUCCAUUCAAGCAAGAGAACAGGAGUCAAUUGAUUACUUGAAUUAUACCGCACGCAAAAAACAUCACUAUUGGCUGAGCAUUAUUGCGUUUUUAAUGAAGGGCAUGACAAGAGUUGGUGGUGCAGAUCUCAAUUGUUUUUGCAGUGUCGCAUUUCUUGUGAAACACAGACACAGAUUUGAACCUCCGUUAGAAACACUGCAGAAAAAAGUGCCUUAAUUCAUAGAAGUGUAAAUUUGCAUGUUUUAAAAGGAACUGAAUUUACUUUCUUGAACAGUUACAUGUAAAAAAAUGAUUUUUUUUUUCCUCAGGAGGUUGCAGAGUACUACUCCAAACACACUCAGUCUCCACAAAGGUGGCACACCCCUCAAAUAAUAGAGGAUUUAAAGGUUUGUAUGAGACGUAUUUUUAAAAACUUUUUUUCUCUCCUAGUCUGCUUUUACUGGCUGCAUGUCUGAGCUAAGAGACUGAUGAAAACUGUGAUUUAAGAUCUCAAAGAGACCUCAUUUUAGGAUCAUUCCAGCAGGUGUUAAAGCCAUAUUUAAUCUAAUCUAAUCCACUGCAUACACUGCAUCUCAUGAGUCAGCCACAUAUUGCAGCCCAUCAAAGACACUCAUGUCUAAAUCUGCACAAGCAUGCACACUCUACAGUCUUUUAACCUUUGUACUGUACGUGUGUGUGUGUGUGUCCAGGUGAGAGCCAGAGAGGAGGGCCUGUGGAAUCUCUUCCUGCCUGCAGUCAGCGGUCUCAGUCAGCUGGACUACGCCUACAUUGCAGAGGAGACCGGACGCUGCCUCUUUGCCCCCGAUGUCUUUAACUGCCAAGCUCCCGGUAAAACAUCCUCCCCUGUCACAUUUGGAGAUAAAGCACAUCAGCCAUAUUCAUAAGCUCAACAUAGAUAGUUUUUUUUCUCAUGCUUCUGUCAGAUAAGAUCCCCUCCAAAUGUUGACCCCUCACUCAGCAGUGGUUUAGUCAUCUCAGCUGUUCAUUAUUGAGUGUGGAGACUUGAUUUCAAACUUAAAUAGUCACUCCAACUUGCCCUGUAGAGUAUUUGUUUAUUGAAACUAUUAUGAUUCAAGUCCUUGAAAGCAUUUUUUGUUCCAAAUUUAUCUGAUAAUACCCUGGAACACUAUGUUUCACAGUGUUGUCUUCACAGAUACAGGAAAUAUGGAGGUGCUGCACAUGUUUGGCAGCGAGGAGCAGAAGAAGAAAUGGCUGGAGCCUCUGCUCCAAGGAGAGAUCCGCUCCUGUUUCUGUAUGACAGGUAUAUCCACAACCAUUUUCUCCUGCAUUUCUCAAAAAUAUUUCAUAUAUGUCAAAAGUGAAAUCAGUUUUCCUCCCAGCUCUGCUUUUCUGAAGUUCUUGAGAAUCUGUCAUGGUUUUCUACAAAACCGUUUAAUGAUGCUAAGAGUCCUAAAUGAGCUAGGUUUCACACUAAAUGACUUCCACAGGCUCUCUGAAAGGUUUGUUUGGAAAUUCUUUGUGCCAGCCGCAGCCUCUACUUCACUCUGCUAUGACUAAUUUUUCCCCGUUCUGUCCCAUGUGCUUUCCACGCUGCUUGGAAACAGCGGCCCUCUGUUGCCAGAGGUGAUUACAGUGGGUGUGAACCUCCCUGUUGGUUUUCAUAAACACAGAUGGUGAUUAGACGUGUUGUUCAGAUACUAUUUGUCACUUGAUUUAUUUCACUGAACGUCAUUGGAUAGGAACCCCCAUGGUGUGCCGUGGAGGAGUUGCGUGACCUGACCAUAUUGAGAGAUGCCUGCUGUUAGAUUUACUCUGAAAGAAAUGUGAGAGCGCAUUGUUUCUCCAAAUCACUCUGCUUUUGGUGCGAGCUGGAGACCAUAGCACGCAGAACAUAAAGCAAAGAGAGGGGCUUGGGCUGUUCUUCCUGUAUCUUUUAAAGUGCAAAGAUUGUGUAUGGUGAGUGUUUCCUGUGUUUCCUUCCUCAGAGCCUGAUGUGGCCUCCAGUGAUGCCACCAACAUGGAGUGCACUCUUCACAAGGUCGAAAACCACUAUGUCAUCAACGGGAAGAAGUGGUGGACUAGUGGUAUGUCUGUUUCUGUUUCAAUCAGUCAAAAGUGGAAGGAAAUGCAUCAUUUACACUCAGAACACAGUUUUUUUUAACGUUUUGUUAACACUUUAUUUGACUCCUAUAACACAUUAUAAAUAUAUGUAUAAUGCAUUAUAAUCACAUUAUAGCACUGUAUAACUAUAGUUAUAAACACUCAUAAAUGAUCAUAAUGCUUUAUAGCAAUAAUCAUAACAUAUUAUAAAGCAUUUUAUCAUGACUUAAUAGCUCAGGAAUUAUAAUGUGUUAUAACUCACUGACAACUGCCACAUAGAUAAUGCAAUGCAACUGUUGUUAACAGAACACAUUGUAAUACCUGACCUUGUAAGUCAUGAUAAAAUGCUUUAUAAUGUGUUAUUAUUAUUGCUAUUAAGCAUUAUGAUCAUUUAUGAGUGAUUAUAACUAUAGUUACACAGUGCUAUAACGUGAUUAUAACACAUUAUGUAUAUAUUUAUUCUGCAUUAUAGAGAUAGGUGUCAAAUAAAGUGUUACCAAAGUUUUUGACCUUAUAUAGAAAGGAAACAAAUUUGAGGCAGUCUAUAAAAAAGUGGUCUUAUGCCUUCAGGGACGGACUUACUUUACAUGCCCUUUAAACCAAAGAAUGCUUUUAAAGAAAUAAACCAGGAAAGGUUACGGGGUGUUAUGUGCUGAGGAUGUUUAUAUGAAAUCAAAAAGUCACCAUAACAAAGCACAACGGACAUAAACACUUAUUCAAACCGCUGACAUAUGGAGGGAAAACGAGCAGAGAUGACUCAGAGAAGAAAAUUGAAAACAUAAAAAUGUGCAUAAAAAGCUUUUAAUGACAUUAAAAACCCUCCGAUUCACGCUACUCUGUUUUUUUUUUGGAUGGAGAUUGUUUCGCUUUGGUUUGCCCAAAGUUUUGCCUUUUAAACCUCGAACUGAUGAGUUUUUAUAUGUGAUUCAUAGUGACAAAGCUGACUUCAUGUCCUUGAGUGUCAUGUUUAUGUAACAUGUUGAUGUCAGUUCCCCCUAAAACCACGUCACUGUAAACUUUACACUCGUCACGUACAUUGUAUGUGUUAUUCUUUGAGUCAUCAGUCCUGAGUCAGUAUUCCAGUUUAUUGCUUUAGUGUUACUUUUUAUUAUUGGCUCAUUAAAUUAGUUUUGUUUAUGUUCUUCUGCUAAUGAAGUAAAAAUGCAACUCAACAUAGGGAAGUACUCUCAAAUGAAAGCCACAAACUUUAAAGGACCAAGCUUUUAAUGCUUAGGAUUUAUACGGCCUCAUUCAAUAAAAUAUCAGAAUCUCACCAAUGUUUUAAGAUGUUUAUCUUGCACCUCCUAAAUCUCUAAAACUAGAAACAUGCUCCAGAUGUUUCCUCUGAGACAGAUGUAGUCUGAGGUUUUGACUUCCAUCUUAAAGGGAAACACUAGGCUCUUCUGUUUGUUGUUUUUUUCUGUCUCUGCACGGAAUUCCUUCCUGUUGUUGAGAAUACUCCGGAUUACGAGAAGAACACAGACUUUCGACUGUAGCGUCCGUGUCUGUCACAUAUGUCCACAGUUAAGUCUCUUCUGUAACUUCUCUCUUUUCUUUGGAAGUGAAAGAUCCAUCCUCAGGAAUAAAAAACCCCUCUGUGUCUGCAGCCAGCAUGAAUAUAUCUCCCUGUCAGGAAGGACUCUUGACGUCCACACACACCCCCACUGUGACCUCUGGUUGCUUUUGUGGUAUUUUUUAUUUUUUUUUAAGUUGGAAAAAUUGAGAGGUUUUCCUGCAGUGAGUCACGAUUUUUAUGAAAGGUUAAGGACAAUUUUAAUUUUCAGCAAAAAUGGAGUCGAAUAACAAAAUCUGAAGAUUUAAUGUUCUCCAGAUAUCAAAAGCCAGCUGUGGGCAUCUCCCCACUCCUCCCAAUGAUGAUGUGGGUGUUUUUUUAAAUCUACAAUCAUACACUAUCAUUAUGAAGCUGAAAGCAGAGACUUCCCACCUGUGGCUUUUAUGCCGUAUUUCACUCAUAUGAUACAAGUUCCUAAUUAUGCUGUUAGGGCGUCUUUUGUAUGACCACAGCUUUCCACAGAGUAACCCAGAGUAAGUGAAACUAACUGUCAUUUACACGCAUACAGAUGAUGCUGUUUGUCCCUGUCUUUAAAUGGGAGUAGCUACAGAAAUAAAAAAAAUGAUGGCCUUCAGAUGUUGCCAGCUCAGCUGUGUGGCGUGGAAGUCAUAUUAGACUGUGCCAUGGGCAUGAAAUUGUUCCCAGACCUGCAACCUAUUACCUCUGAGCCAUAGGCGUUUGUAUUUGCAUAGACACUCACACUCACACAAGCACAGAGAUGUAACAUGUGUUUAACAUUAAAAAUGGUGAACUAGAAGCCUUAUUACAGUCUUUUCUUCCUUUGCGAUGUAAUUUACAGGAACAGUCAUUCCUCUGCGUUUAGACUGUUGAAGCUGUAGCCUAAACUUUCGUCUCUCUCGUCACGUACGCCUGUUUUUUUUUAACUUCCACUCAUCUAAGUUGAAGAGAUUAAACUGGAGAGAAGGUGACUAACAGGUACAGCAAACUGUAAACAAUCUCCAAAGACCUCCACAGGCUCUCUGUUAGGGAUCUGCUCAGGAGGCUUUUGCCGGAUAAACAUCUGAAACUUGUCGUCCCUGCUGACUGCCGUUCGUUCGGUUUGUUUGCCAAAAACUUUUUUGAACUUUGCAGAUCACCCGCUGAGUAAUCAAGCCAUUCCAUAUUUCAUACCACAGCUACAGGAUAAAAUAAACAAUACAGAUGAUGCAGUGCAGACUGUCUCUCUUCAUGUAGCGCUGGAUUUGUCCCAGAAUUAAGGAAUUACUCAGAAUAUCUGGAGUUUUUUAGAAAUGCAACACGUUGAUUUCUGAUAAUCUUUUUAUUGAACAAAAUACUGUACAUAAUCUAUACAAACACUGAAUAUAAACUUACUGUACAUACAUAUAUUUAUAUAUAUGACCUUUAGAUCAAUAUUUAUGGAUAUUAAUCUCUAUAUUGCUGAUAGUCUUUAAAUGGGAGCUUUAAAUGUACUUUAGCAUACUUUUUGCAGGUGCUUAGAGUAAACUGAGUCUUAGAUAGUGAAGGUGCUGGUGUCCUGGUCUUCAGAACCAGACUGGGAUUGUGUUUGAUUGUGCGCGUGGAGUGCGAUCUCCACCGCCGGCUCCUCGUUGGGAUGUUGUGGGUGUUUCCCCAGUUGCUGUCCAAGGCGUUUGGCAGCUUUACACACGUGUCCCCUGAAGGAGGAUCCGAUGAAGGCAUAGAGGAGGGGGUUGAUGCAGGCGUGCGCCAUUGCCAGGCUCUCCGUCACCUGUUGAGCACGAUCCAGACUUUUGCUGACCUCACAGUCGGUCACCAGGAGGUAGAUGGUGUCCAUGGCCUUGCACAGCUUGACCACGUUGUAGGGCAGUUGGGUGAGAAGAAAAACAGCCACAACAGCCAGAAGGACCCGUAAGGCACGCCACUUUCUGUCCCUCUGCACCCCAGCAGCCUGGCUCAGCGCCCGCCCUACCAGAGUGUAACACACCACCAUGACCAAGAAAGGGAGCAGGAACCUCAGGGUGACCUCCAGCAGCUCCAGGGCAGCCUUAGCAGGCCGGGCCAUGCUGGGCGGGUACACGGCGGUGCACGCCAGCCUGUGAUGGGAAUGCUUCACGGUAGAGAAGACGAGCUCAGGAAUGCCAAGGAACACAGCGACGGCCCACAACACCACACACACCAGGAGCCACUGCCUCCUCGUUCUGGAUCCUGUCCCGCUCCUGCCUGUUGGAUUAUGGGCUACAGCACGGUAGCGAUCCACGCUGAUGCAUGCCAGCAGCAGCAUGCCGCAGCUAAAGUUGGUGCUGUAGAGGAAGGAGGUAAUCUUACAGGCCGGUGAGCCCAAUCUCCAGCCGUGAACGGCAUCAGCCGCCCAGAAAGGCAGAGUGAAGAGCAGCAGCAGGUCGGAAAUGGCCAGGUUAAGGAUGCACAUGUCUGUCAGGGUACGUAGGCGCACCUUGGAUGUGUAGACCACCACAACCAGGGCGUUCCCCGCCAGGCCCACCACCAGGGCGAUGGCGUAGAUGAUCGGGAGGAAGACACCCCCAAAGGAUCGCACGGCCUCUUUAUCACAGACGCUGUGUUCAAAGCUGUAAUCAUAACUGUCGUUGGAACUGGAGUCAUCAUCGUCGUAGUAGAAAUCCUCCAUUUCUUAGUCUGCAGAGAAACAGAGCACGCAUAAGAGAAUCAUUAGUUUUAGUUCAAAUGUGGAGGAUAUUUUUCCUGGAAAGUUGCCCGCCAUAUAAUAAGUUGAGCUUAUGCCUUUUAUUUUAGCAUGACACGAGAAGAGUGCAUUUGUAAACCAUUAGCUGGAGGAAAAAAAGAGUUCUCUGUGUAUUGUGCACCAAAGGAAUCUCUCCUGCAUGGUUUCCCUAAUGGCUCGAGCUCUGCUUGUCUGUUCUCCUGAGCCGUGUGUGGGCAUGAAUAACCCCAGUCAACACUACUCAGUGAGAAAAACAGAGGACCAGAGACUCGCUUAGGCACUGAUUACCUUUUGAAUACAGCUAGUUGGUAUUCUGUUGGAUUAAAGAGGCUCUGCAGAUGAGGAAGCGGCAGCACUUGAUCCAGUGCUGCUUUAAAUGUAAUCUCUUAUUAUCCAUCAGCACAAAAGAGUAACUGCAGGGAAAGGCCAAAGUUGAGAGAGACAGGAAGUAUUUCUGGUGAGGGAUGGGGCAACACAAACGUGCAUCUGGGGUCUUUUCCCAGAUUCGAGUCCAGUAACUGUAAAUGGCAUGUUUGUGUUUAACAGAUCCUCCCACUGAAGUGAGGCUUUCAUCCAGACUCCCCUUUGUUGUUGUUCACAUCUCCUCCUCAGCUGUUUCCCUGCAGUUGAACAUGUUUUGUCUCGUGGGGACGAGUAAACACAGCAUAGUGUGUGUGUAUAUGAGGGUGUACAUAGUAACUGUCAUUGGCUCCAGUCAGGAUUAGAUCACUCACAUAACUGAGAUGGAACUUUGGACAGGAGGGAGUUUUCCUGGAUGAUAACCUCAUCUAUCUCGUAUUUUAAUUCGCUAACUACCAAGAGAGAUGACGGAAGCUCUGAUAUUCAGUGUCAAAACAUGUUACGUGUCGAUGAUUCAAUUCCUAAUUGAGAGGACAAAUUAUGAGCUUGGAUUAUUUUAGGGCUGGAGAUGGUUUUGGCAGACGUCUCUCUGCUUUCAUUACAAUAGCAGUUUAUGAAAAAUCUCCAGGUUUGUUACAUAAUAAGUCACCCAAAGCAGAUGUUUGUUUGAACAGGCAGAAAAAUGUUAAGUAUUCAAAAGCAUUCAACACCUGAGCUGCAUGAUGGAUGCAUAUGUUUAUUAUGUUUAUGUGGUUUCAACUGUCUUGGAUGGAUACCAACCAAACAGAGAAACAAAAACAGAGUGAGAGGCUAUAUCAGGUGAAUGUAAAUAUAUCAUUAAUAUUUAUGUGAGUGCCCAUAUGGUGCUGAGAUUGCCAGCUGUUGUCCAGGCACAGGCUUACAUGCUACAGACCCGCUCCUGUGGUAUUUAACAUAAUAAACAUUAUUUAAAGCUUCUGUAAAGAACUAUAAAACUUUAUAUUAUACAUAAUUAUGAAGUGUUUUAACUAAAAUUUUGUCUUACUUUGAUUCAACACUCAAAUAAAUCACUUUUCAAGAAUCUUAACAACUUUAUGGAAAUUUAGUCUUUGGCUUUGUUUGUGGAUUACACUUUUUUAUAUAAAGAAAAUAUAAUCUAUUUAGAAUUUUUUUGAUUCUCUAUUUAGAAAUACAGUAUAAAGAAACAUUAUUUUUAAUUUCAGUCAGUUUUACAACCAACUGCACUGCAAAAACUCUAACCUGAGCUUGAAGUUUGUCUUACUUGAUGUUAGGAAAACUUUGAAUUUGAAGCUCCUGUGAGGAACUUUGUGUUCGUGCUCCCUGUAGACAAAGUAAUACCUCUUAUCUUAUUUCAGAUAAAAGGAUUUCAUCCUUUAUCUGCAGAACUACUUUUCUGGCAAUGAAUUUCACUCUGCUUUCUUUAUAAAAGUUCAAUGUUACCCACUUUGAAUGUUCAAUUCUGAAAGUUAGAGGCUUUUUCUAACAUGUUUAUUAUCUGGUCCGACACCUACCCCCCUCUCGGAGGUAACAGGCAUCAGAAAUGUUGAUCCUAGAAAUUCCUCUCUAUACAUUUCAGUUUGAUUCAGAUUCACUUAAAUUCCACAUUUGUGCUUUUACUCAAUAUAAACCACAUAUAUUUGACAAUAAGAAAAAAAAACAUUUUAUUUAAUGACAUCUUGAGCAAAAAGUAAGAGCUGAGCUGCUGUCAGUAUGUGAAAGAAUCUGUUAGUAAAGUUGUUUGUUAAGGACAUUAUUCUUACAGUCAGUGUGGUUUGUAUCAGAUAUCAUUAACAAAGAAAAAGAAAAUAAACACUAGCUUAGUUUUGAUUGUUUGCAGUAAUAAAUUUGUCUCAGCUGUUUGACUAAUAAUAACUCAGCUGAUGAAUAAAGUGAUUUGUUUAAUGCUGUUUGAAGAUCAUUCAGGAUAUAAAUUAACUUUAUAUUUCUACUUUGUCAAUGAAGACUGCAUAAAUCAUAAUUAACUAGCAUGGUCACUUUUUAUAAACACACUUGAAUUACACGUCCUGCCCAAAACUAACAGUGAGGAGAUUAAUGAAAACAAGGAAACAAAUCCAACAGUCCAAGAAUAGCUUGUUAUCAUUCCUUCUCUGUCGUUUUAAUAAUGUCAUAAAGCAAAGCAGAGCAAAGCGGGACUUCGACCUUUGACUAACCGUUAUUGGAAAGUCUUGUGUUGUGUUUGUAGUGUAUGUAAAUCUACUCCAUUAACUAAAAAUAUUCUAUAGAUGCAUGAGAAAUCCAAGCCAUGCUGAUUAACCAUGUGGUUCAAACUGAGCUGCAAACUUAUCCUGCCAACUCAUGAUGUGGUAAAGCAGGUUAGAGAAAGUUUCUACCAACUUCUGUUUUAAUUUCUACGAUUUAAAGUGCUGUAUAAAUGUGCUAUAUGAAUAAAGUGGAUUGGAUUUUAAAGAUGUUUUUAAAAAUAUUUAGUAAGAGUUUUUUUUUUUUCUUACCUUAUGUCCGUUCCUUUAUUUUGGAUGUGACUCCUUUUGUACUGACGCACAAAAAAACUUCCGUUGAUCCAGUGCAGAGGAGCUGUACGCAGCACAGAGCUGUAAUGACUGUCCUCUUUUUUCCUCCACCCGUCACUCCCUCCCUCUCUCUCUCUCUCCCUCUCUCUCUCUCUCAGCUGAGUCUGUAGGAACACCUCUCCAAACACGUAGCUCUCUGCGCACGUGUGUGUGUGUGUCAUUGUGUGUGUGUGCCUGUCAGAGGUACUUAUGUGGCAGGAAAAAAAGGAUAAAAAAAUUCCUUACAUACUAACGUCUGCGUGAGCUGCAGAGAGCCGUACAAAGAAAACUCCCAGAUAGGUUUUGAACUUUGUGAACCCCCCCUUCUUUCAGUUGUGUGAGGAAUGACCUUUGCUUUGUUUUUUCACCCUAGAAAAGAAAGGAUGAGAGGAUAGUAUGAGUAAACAUCCCAUAAUAUCCUGUUUACCGUUCGUGUGUACUGUUCAUUGUGGUUUACUGCUGAAAUUCCCAUUGUCUAGCAGCUCUUGCCACAAAGUAUGUCUCAGAUUUCCUUCACUUGAAUUACGAUUACGGUCUUGGUUUCCUUAUUUUUUAAAGGAUACUGUUGCCUUUGAAACUGCUCACCCUUUUGUUUUGUUGCUCUUUCAUGUAUGGGAGAGCGGGGUAAGAUGCGCCAAUUUUCAUAUUUCAGAUCACUACAUCAAGGCAGUCAUAGUUUUGUCUCUCACUAGUGUAUCUGCAUAUAUUUCAAGAUGUUGUGCAUCCCUGCAAACCAUGAUCUUUUUUGGUCUGAACACAAUUCUGAACUUAUGACAGACUAAAUUCACUUUCAAGAGUGAGAAAUGUUUUUUUUAAAUAAAUGUCUAACCCCUUCACCCAUGUGCCUCUAACCUUCACAGCCUCCAGGAAUUGAUGUUCAUCUCCUAAAUAUUUGGUCACAUGAUCAAUUUCCUUUAACCAUUUCCAAGCAACAGGGGGUGGCUCAACUUACCUUACUCUCCCCUAUGUGUCUGAACCUAAAAUAGACCUUCAUUUCAUUUAAGUUAUUCCUUUACAGACAGAGAUGAAGAGGCAUUCAUUUUUAAAGGAUGCUCCUCUUUCAUGUAAAACUUUAUUUUACUUUUUCAACAUUAUGUAUCUGGAUGACACAUUCUCAGGGAAACAGAUUAGGCAUCUGUGAAGCUUUGUUUUCAUACCUGAAGUGUAGACGUGUUGGGACAUGAGAGCCGGCUCACCUUGUGCCACGGACCAUGAGACUUGUAUAAGGGUUCACGGGAAAACUCAACCUGCCCCACAGCCAAACUGACUUUAGCGCUGUGUUUCUUGGGUGGAGGCGGGUGUCAACUGUGCAUGCUUUGCUGCUGUGCCAACAACAUCACUGAAUGUUUGUUUGAAUUUUUACAAUCAGACAGAAAGUUCAAACUUUUCACAUCCGUCAGAUAGUGUUUAUGCAAGUGUUCUCAUGCUGGGAUCCUCAUAACUGCGACUAUAGAUGAUCCCAUCUGUUCCUGUCUGGGGCCCAGAUAUGCAGCUCAGAGGACAGAUGUUGGAACAGGAAGGAGGACUAUAGCUCACCCUGUCUUGGCCUUGAGGAAUCAAGGGCACAUGGGGAGGUUCCUUGGUUUGAAAUCAACUUUUUGAGAGAUCUGCCACUGACCACUAUCAGCAAAUUUGUCUAGUCAUUAUUAUUGUUUCUUAUCAGUGUGAUAUCUGCUUACUGGAGGGUGUUUCUACUUACUAAAAGAUAAAUUUUAUUCCCUGGUGUCAGCUGAAUGUUUUUGUGUACCCUAACAAACCAGAUCUACUCAGAAACAUAAAUCUCUCUCAGGAAACCUCUGCUGUCACCAAUCUGUCUUCAUCCCUGUUCCCUUCCUAGUAGGCGGCACACGUCACUUCCAAACAGAGUGCGGUUAUAGAACGGUCAAGGACGGGGUCAGACCGUUAACAUUUGUUUGUCCUUUUGACUCUUAUGAAAGAAAAGACUUGGACUUUGAAAAUGGCAAAUUCCAGGUCUGGAGGCAAUGAGAAAAACCUGAAAGUUUCAGAACAGUCAUGGAAAAUUCAAUUGGACACAUUGUAUCUUGUCAAAAUCUUACUCAUGUGUCAAGAUAAAGUGCUCUUGAAUCAUUUUUCAACUUUUUGGAAAAUGCAUGGUCAUGAAAAUGUGUGCCAAAGACCUGGAAAAGUUACAGACACAUCAUGGAAAUGUAAAACUAUGAACUUUUUUAUGAGUUUUACUGCCAGACAGACAGAAACCGAAAGGACAAAAACAGGCUAAAGGCAUUUUUACCUCUUUCCUGUAGGUGCUGGUAAUCCCAAAUGCAAAGUGGCCAUAGUGAUGUGCAGAAGCGGCUCUCAAGACAUUCGCAGCAGGUCAGUUGAAAACAUUUCAAGGUUCAAGAAUUUGUGUGUUGAGAUAAAUGUGUUUUUGUGCAAGCUUUGCGUCACAUUAGAAGAAUUCUGUUCUUUUCAGUGAACUUCUCCCCUCACUUCAGACGCCUCAUUUUUCCAUCCUCCUCCUUGUUGCCUUUGUCAAAGCUAGCAUGGACCUUGGCCAGAGAUCAGACUGUACUCCCAAGCAUUUAUAUGCAAUUCAACACCUGCACCUUGCCCUCUAUUUUUUUUAAUUUUUUUGUUUUGCCUGGAGGUUUGGAUCUCAAAACAAAGAAAAUUGUAUUAAAUUAAUCCUCACUGUUAUUGUUACUGAAAUCUUGUUGUGACGAUGUAACUGGCACCAAGCUGGAAAAUCCAAGGCGCAUUUGUUACAUGCAUUGAAGAAGUUCAUGAAAAGAGCUGCAGAAGCGACCACACCCGUGAUAUGUAAUACACUUGCUUUUUGUUUUGUUAGCAGUGUAACCAAACACACACCCAACCCUGUUUGCAAAAAACAAAACAAAAACCAGAUAGAUAAAUAAGUCUGCAGGUUUUCCCAUCAGCAUAAAGAUCUUAGUUACAGUAAUCAUGGAAUAAAUAUUUAAAAUUAUAGUUGGAAAGAAAAAAAAAAAACAUAAAUUCUUGUUUCCUAGGCAUGGCCAGCACAGCAUGAUCCUCGUCCCCAUGGAUACAGCAGGUGUGAAGUUGGUCAGACCACUCACUGUGUUUGGACAGGAUGGUAGGACUGUUUUUCCUUACGCUAUCAUGAGUUUUCAGACUUUCUUUCCAGGUUUAAUAAUUGCACCAUUCUUCUUCCUCUGUGCUCAGACGCCAUCCACGGUGGCCACUUUGAGGUGCAUUUUGAAAACGUUUAUGUCCCCUCCGCCAACAUCAUUCUUGGUAAGACACUUCCUGUUUUAUUUCAUGUUUGCUCCUCUUCAAGAGGGAUGCUGCAUUCAUAAAGUCAUAAAAGUAUAUUGUUUCUUAUCUUGUUUUUAUUGUGUUUAAUAAUUCAGAAUCUGACCUACUAGCCUUAAAACCAGAACAGCUGAGAUACAGUUUCUUAUCUCUGUGUUUUCAGGUGAGGGAAGGGGGUUCGAAAUCGCCCAGGGUCGUCUUGGACCAGGCCGGCUGCACCACUGCAUGAGGGCGGUCGGUGCAGCAGAGUUGGCGUUAGAGCUGCUCUGUCAGAGGGCCGCAUCCAGGAGCACAUUUGGGAAGAAGCUGUACCAACAUGUAAGAAGACUUUGGAUGAAAUGAUUGUUCUUAUUUUGAUCACAGUCUUGUGUUGCCAUAGCGUUUUUGGAAAUCUUUCCCUCUGUUGACAUCUAGUGGACGAAUUUUAAAAUUCAGCUAAACCAAGUAUGCUGUCUUUUGUAUGUGCUUGAAGGAGGUAGUUGCUCACUGGAUAGCGGAGUGUCGUCUCAUGAUAGAACAGACCCGCCUGUUGACUCUACAGGCUGCUCAUUCUCUGGAUACAGUGGGCAGCCGCACCGCUCGGAAACAGGUACGCUUCUCAUCAUUUGCUCUUGGUGUAGAAACUGCUCUGCUUAAACUUUAGUGAAGAUUAGUAAAGAGAAAAGUUAAGAGUGAACUGUCUACAGCAAGGGCACUAAAAGAAAAACAUCCACUAGGAGUAGUUUGUAACCCUGAAGAAUGAUACUGUACUUGACCUGUGAAUGAGUUACUUUAAAGUUUCAUAUUUCAGAAGCAGUUUCAGGUCAAGUCAGAAAGAAGUGUACUUGUAAAUCAGAGGUUUUUUGUGGGAUUGCUUCCUCUCCAGAUUGCCAUGAUUAAGGUAGCUGCAGCAAGGAUGGCCUGUAAAGUGGUGGACAUUGCUAUACAGGUACAUGGAGGUGCAGGUGUGUCUGGAGACGUCCCCCUAGCUCAGCUGUAAGUUUCUUUUAAAAUUUCUCCAUAAAUGAGAAGAAAAAAAAAAUCUGUCUUUAUUGAUGCAAAUAACUUUAAAUUUUCUCAGGUAUUCAUACGUGAGGACUCUGCGGCUCGCUGAUGGACCUGAUGAAGUGCAUCUCUCUUCGAUCGCAGGUUUAGAACUGAGGGAUCAGCUGAAGAAAGCUCAGGCCAAACUUUAGAGUGAUAAUUAGCGCGUUGCUGCAAGUUUCACUUUUGCAGCUGCAAUGAAUUAUCUGCUUCAAAUAGAGGAAGCCUUUCAUGUUUGCUUGGGUAAUCUCACUGCCAAAAUCUAAAUAUGUAAAUGACUUCUAAUAUUUGUAUAUUUUCUAUUGGUCCUCACUCUGUAAAUAAUUCAUUUAAAAUAUUUGUUAACUGCUUGGAAAUAGAAACGCGUUGUAACAUGAGUAAAGGCUGCAAUACUGUGUAUUAUUCUUUGAAAACCCAGCAUAAACCAGACUCACUUUUUGGCGUCUUCUGGCUGCUCAAACAUCUCCCAUUUGGACGUAGUCACAGCUAAGGUGAAACACAACAAAACAUUUAGGAACUGAUUCAGGAAAACAAUUUUAGCACUCAACUGGAAGUCUGUAAUGAUUUGAAACUUGUAAAAGUAGUUUGGUGCCUGACCUUGAGAUUCUAACUCUGCCUCGUCCACUGCUUCCCAUUUGGAGGGUGCUACCUUGAAACCUGCACACACAGGGACUGAGAUCAACAUAGCGGAACUAGGGUUACAUUUAUAAGGGGGUGACCAAUCCAAUUAAUGUGCUUGCCAUGUGGUUUAAUAUUCAGGGUUUAAUUUAGCCCUUUUUUCUUCCAUGGGGCAUUUAUAUCCUGCUUUGAUACCUUCUAUGCUUUGUGUUAUAAAGGACAUGAAAAUACUAGAAUAAGAACAUAAAUAUACAAGAGUGUACCAAAACAGCUAAAAGACGAACCAACAAUACAAACAUCUGUUAGCACUUCCUAGGUAUGACUGUUUCUCUUUGAUACUGUAAAAGUGGGUUUAGAGAACCUUAAGGCACACACAUGUACAGAUGUGUGGGAAACACUGGUAGUGCAUCCUUAACUUACUCAGCUACAGGUGUAAAGGCAUAAAAUGAUGUCACCAUACAUAAGUUAAAGGCAGGUACCGCCCUCUGCUGUUUAAAACAGGUAAUGCCGAUCAAAGCCCUUCAUACAGCAAUCCUGUGUCAGCUUGAAGUGGAUGUUUUUUUUACCUUCACGAGGAUGGCAGCUGGCUCCUUCUCUACAGCCAGAUUUACUAGUCCCAGGAGGAUGUUUUGCAGCUUGUUGAGGAAGGGGUCUGGAUAUACAGCCCAGUCCUCCAGGCCCGGAAACAUGACAUAACACGUUGCUGUAACAGAGCAGGAAGCAGACAAGGUCAGUUUAGAUACUACACAGGAUUCUGUUCACUAAGUGGGGUUUGAAUGUUUGAUACCUUAAAGUUUUGACAUUGAAGGUGGCCCUGUAUUGAUUAUAAGUAGCACUGAGGUCAAAUAUACACAGUUUGUUCCACCCACAAUAUUUCAUAGAUAUUCAUCAUUACUGAACUAAAAAACAGCUUUUUAUAAGUCUUAAUUCAAUAAAUAAAAAUUAGUACACCUUUGUAUCUGACAGAAACAUACUCGUUAUAUAAAAUUGUGACAUGUUAUUCUUGAAGCAGUAAGUGGACUUUAUCUACUGUCAGCCUACAGUUUUGUAAGAACAAUUGAAAAAGGAGUGAAUUGAAACAGUUUUCUUAUUUUUUAUUUAAAUAUUUUUUUGCCCGUUCAUAAAGACCGCUACAAAGAAACACAAGCUUAAGUCCAAGUCCAGAGUUGUGUUGCAUCAGUAGAUUGUGGCUUAUACUCUAGCUAACCUAAAUAAAUGCUUUUACUCACUUUUAUUUGAGGGGGAAAAAAAGCUACAAGCUAAAAGUCCUGGGUACUUUUCAUUGGAAGCUCCUCUUUGCCAAAAUUCUCAGCAAUCAAUAUAAUGCAUUAAAGUAGUAAGUUACAAGAACAACUGCUAAAAACAAGGGAAUUAAAGAAAUGUUUUAAUUUGCAUGUCACAAUUCUAAUCUAAUGUGGAUAUUAAUUUCUUUCAAAGUCCAGUGACUCAAAUUUAAAGAGAUUAUGAUUUUUAGCUCUCUCUCUCUUGUUCUCUGAUUAAGCAUUUAGUUCCCUGUAUUUGUAGCAUUUUCUUUUAGUGUAAAACAUGUUAAGACUAUUGUACUAAAUCAUGAAAGAAUCAUAUUAAACAAUGGAGUUAAAAGUCCCACAUUUUAUUGAUGUAAUAGACACAAAUAUAAAAACACCAAACACAGUCGAAGGUUUAAUUAUUCAUUUAUUUAUAAUUAUUUGAGACUUAGCAGCUUUUCUGACAGUCAUGCAAAAAUAAGUGCAAACAGAUCUUAAGCACAAAUUCAGAAAAAAACUUCACAAAUUUUUGUUUUUCCUGUUUCAAAAGACAUCAGGGUAAAAAACAACUCCUUGAACAGUGAAGAAGCCUGAGAGCUUCUCUGAACUCUCACCACAGUCCAGUUCGACAUCCUCAGCACAGAUUUUUGUCUUUUGUUGGGUUAAAUGUGACAAACUAAUUGUCUCCUUUUCUUUCAGGACCAACUGUGGGGGUUUUACUUUUGUGAAUUGUUUUUCUUUGCUCAUACUUAGCAUUUUGGGGGGAGUCUAAGUAUGUGGUUUAUUUAGUUGGAGUAUCAUUUAAUUAAGUUAGGUCCAGGCAGUGAAGGUAGGAGUUUUGUUUAAUUUCUUUGACACAAGAGAGAUCUCUUGUGUAAUCUAAUUUGAGACUCAUUUUGUCUUGAUCUUGGGAAGGGUUUGUAGUUUUUAAUGGAACCUUUAAAUGUGGACCUCAGUGUAAAUAAAAAUAUUCACUUCUUGCAGUCUGUCAAGUUGCCUUCCCACCACCUUCCGAGACCCUUGAGCCAAAACUACUUUACAAAGACCCUGAAGAGCUUAGUCAAUAACACAACCACCACAGGGGAAAUAAAAAUAAAUAAAAAAA